UAAUGCAUGAGUGUUUUUUUAAACAACACAACACAUUCCUUAAGAAUACUCCCACAAAAUUGCAAGUUAUGGCUGUUGUCAGUGAUAUAGCAUACGAAUCAAUAGAUUCUCUUCCACUUUCUCUUAGUCUGUUUAUUGAAAAGUUCUCUGAUCGACUACCUCAGGUCAUAGCAGUCAAUGAGUCUAUUUAUGGAGUUUCUUCAGGAUCAUUUAUGGAAGGUCAACUUCUUCUUGUCUACUUCUUGAAAAAAACCAAUGUCGUAUCUGGCAGAAUAAGUGGAUUGACUAGAGUCAUACCUGUCAAUACAUCAAUGAAAGUGGCAAUUCCUUAUGAUCCUUAUAAUGACCGACACUCUGCCAACAAUGGGUACGUUUUUUCAUCAGUAGCUGAUAUGGCCAAAGCAAAACAUUUACCUCCAGUAGUGUACGUUAGUCAAUCAUGGAAAGCAUCCUCAAAAGAUUCCUCAUCUAUUGAGAAGGGCCAAGUUUUGAUAGUGAAAGUUAAUGAUACCAGGUCAAGAAAAAAGAAAAGGCUAUUAUGUGUUGAUGCCACAACACAUGUUCAACUAUCCCUUGAAUACUCCUGCAUAGGUCACUUUAGCACGCAACCCUCUUUGGCUUUACUGGACCUACAAACAUUCCUUCAAUAUUUUCAACUGCCGGUUAAUGUGAUUUUAUACAAUAAAAGUUCCAGUCCUCCCAUACAUUGCACUCUUGACAAGAAAUUUCAAUUAAAGUCUGUCAUUGCAUCGUUUUGUCCACCCUCUUCAAUUGAUGGUGAUUUUCUUGCUGUAAAGGAAGUGCCAAAUGAAGUUAUUGAAGUAACUUCCACAACUUCCAUUGAUGUUCGAAUUGUCAAAAUAUCAGAAGACAAUAUGAGACAUUUUAAAAUAAAUAGAGAUGUUUUAGGAGACAGGCUCCAUCUUUCUUUUCUCACAGAUAUUGUGUCAGAUGCCUCAGCAACUGCUGACAACCUUCAAAAGCAAUUGCUGCAUUCCAUAACAGAAAGUCAAUGGAAGAGAGAUAUUAUUGAUGCAAAUGAAUGCAACUAUGAAACCAUUUUGAGUACUACAGAUGCUUUGUUAGAAACAAAAGAUCGAUACAUUUCAAGUUCUUCAGCUUCGGAAAAUGUCGUAUCAGUUGUUGACAUUCCCCCACCUAUACCUCCUAGAAUUCAACAUAGUUGUGAUUCUUCAAUUUCAUCAAAGAUACCAGAUGUACCCAAAAGGUUACGUUCAAAUACCAUAGGACCUAUUGAGAAGUUAUCCAUAGCACCAGUUCAAUCAUUGGUUAAAAAGAGUGAAAGUGUUGAACUCAAAGAGACAGCAAUAAUUUCAAAAGAUAACCCAGCUUAUCAAGCACUAAGUGAUGAUUCCUUUAGCAAAUUGAAAGAUGAAAAUGACAAGCUAAUUUCUCGUCUUGAAGAACUGGAAAAAAUAAUGGCCUCCUCACCUCACUCUCCUGUUCAAAGUGCUCCGCAUAAAAGACAAGAUUAUGAAAUUCUACAGAUGAAUAAGGACAUUAUUGGUAACUAUUCAGUUGAUGAGAUAUUAAAUCUGUUGGACAAGAUGUCUUUAGGUAAAUAUAAGGAAAACUUCAAAAAAGAAAUGAUUGAUGGUAGCAUGUUUUUGGAAUUGGAUGACUUGGUGCUGGAAGAGGACCUUGGUGUGACUGUCAGACUUCAUCGUAUUAAAUUGAUGGCUCUUGUAAAUGGCCAUCAUUCAGUUAACAAAUACAUUUAGCUAAAAUUAAAAGAGUACAUAAUAUUAUGCACUCUUGCUAAAAUUAAUGUUGUACUUCUUAAAUUAAUUUGAAUAGAUUUAUAAAUACUCACACUA